CGCGCUCUAGGCUCUUCGGCCUCCGUCCGCCGGACUCCAGGGGCGGGGGUGCUCAGCGGCUGACCAGCCUCCAUCAGCUGCGCUCUCCCUUGUGCCGGCCGUUGGCUCGCUAUGCCUCCGCCGCGGGGUGACGUGACCGCCUUGUUCCUGGGGCCGCCGGGCUCGGGAAAGUCUGCGCUGAUCGCAGCGCUGUGCGACAAAGCUGUGGAGAUGGUAGAAAUCCCCGACGGACGGCCGGACUCCGGGAUCCCCAGCCUGCGAGCUGCGGGCCCAGGCCUCUUCCUGGGCGAGCUGAGCUGCCCACCCGCAGCGCCGGGACCCUGGGCGGCCGAGGCCAACGUGCUGGUACUGGUGCUGCCAGGCCCCGAGGGGAACGGGGAGCCCUUGGCCCCUGCGCUGGCGGAGGCAGCGCGGGCCGCCCUGGCCCGAGGGACCCCGCUGCUGGCUGUGCGGAACCUCCGUCCUGGGGAUUCACGGAAUGAAGGCCAGGCCCGGGAUCAGACAGCGGCCCUGCUGGACAGCGCGGGGUUGGGGGCCGCGGCUCUCUUCGUGCUGCCGGCGGACUGCGGCAGCAGAGACGGCUGCGAGGAGCUGGAGCGCCUGCGCGCGGCGCUGCGGAGCCAGGCGGAGGCGCUGCAGAGGUUCCUGCCACCGGCUCAGGAUGGCUUCGAGGUACUGGGCGCAGCAGAGCUGGAGGCUGUGCGUGAGGCCUUCGAGACCGGUGGCCUGGAGGCGGUGCUGUCGUGGGUUCGCGCGGGCCUGGAGCGGCUGGGCAGCGCACGGCUGGACCUGGCCGUGGCCGGCACGGCUGACGUGGGCCUCGUGCUGAACAUGCUACUCGGGUUGGAUGCUGGUGACCCAGGUGCGGUGCCUGCUUCGGCGCCCGCGGGGACCACGCCUUACCCGGCCCCAGAGCGCCCCAAUGUGGUGUUCUGGACCGUGCCUCUGGGCUCCGCGGGCACUGCGGCCGCCCCCCACCCAACCCACUACGACGCCCUCAUCCUUGUCACCCCUGAGGCCCCCACUGAGAAAGACUGGGCUCAGGUCCGGCCCUUGGUGCUACCAGAUGCGCCGCUAGUCUGCGUGCGAACAGAUGGUAAGGGCGAAGAUCCAGAGUCUCUGGAAGAGGAAGAAAAAGUAGAGAAGCCCAGUUGCGAGAGCUUAGAGAACGCAGGCGGAGAGGGGUUGGAGAAUGCAACUAGUGAGGGAAGGGAGAAACAUGGCACUGGAUCGCAGAAAGCAGGCCAUGGGGAAGGUUUAGAGAAAGGAGGCCAUGAGAGUUUGCAGCAGGUUGGCGUCGUCGCGAAGAAAUCGGGCAGCGGGGACUCAGAGCGGGCGGCCUCAUUGAGCCCGGAGGACGAGACGUGGGAGGUGCUCGAGGAAGCGCCGCCGUCCGUGUUCCCCCUGCGGCCGGGCGGACUCCCCGGGCUCUGCGAGUGGCUGCGGCGCGCGCUCCCCCCGGCGCAGGCGGGGGCGCUGCUCCUGGCGCUGCCGCCCGCGUCUCCUCGCGCGGCCCGAACGAAGGCAGCGGCGCUGCGGGCCGGGGCGUGGCGGCCGGCUCUGCUGGCUAGCCUGGCGGCGGCGGCGGCCCCAAUACCAGGGCUGGGCUGGGCGUGCGACGUGGCGCUGCUGCGGGGUCAGCUGGCGGAGUGGCGGCGGGCGCUGGGGCUCGAACCGGCGGCGCUGGCACGACGCGAGCGCGCGCUGGGCCUGGCGCCUGGGGAGCUGGCAGCGCGGACGCGCUUCCCCGGCCCGGUGACGCGCGCCGAAGUGGAGGCGAGGCUGGGCGCCUGGGCGGGCGAGGGCACCGCCGGGGGCGCGGCGCUGGGUGCGCUCUCCUUCCUGUGGCCUGCGGGCGGCGCGGCGGCCACCGGCGGCCUGGGCUACCGCGCGGCGCACGGCGUCCUGCUGCAGGCGCUCGACGAGAUGCUGGCCGACGCCGAGGCGGUGCUGGCACCCCACGCGCCCGCGCAGUGAGGGCUGGGGCGAAGGCGGGGCUCCCGGGGUGCCCGGCCUCCCGGCUGCUUGGCUCCCCCAGGGCCCGGGGGGCUCCAAGUCCCCGUUACAAGGAAGGGGUUUGGGGGUCCAGACUCUGGCAUGGGGUGUCUGGGCCUCGGA